AUGCAUGGUUUACUGCUUAGAGUGAGGCCGCUACUGUGCCGGAGACUCCUGCAGUCUCUCGAGCGUAGAUGGGCAAUCAAUGGCGUAGCUAGGAUCAAGCCAUUAGGGCACGGAGUAGCGAUAUUCCAUACAGAGUCGCCGGUGAAAGCUGCAAAUGGUGGUGAAUACAAGGCAGCUAGUCUGUCUGAGCUGGGAUUUAAGAAACACUACAAAAUACGGUCGAAUAUUGAAUUACUCAUACAAGAUUACGCAAAGAAACCCAUAGAGCCCAUUGGCUUUGAGUAUUUGACUCAUUACAAGCCACCAUUGAGAGAUAAUGCUGAGUACAUGCUUAGCAUAAAAACCGUUAAUCUUUUGCUGUCCUACACCUGUCGGCAAUUGGAUGCGAUACAAAGGCUUCCAUACAUUGUGGUGCUGAAUCCCAACAUCGAAAUCAGCAACUCGCUGUACUUGAGGACUCUGGAAACAUUGAUUUCGAUUGAGUAUCCUUAUGGCCUACAGAACCGAGAAACCAUGGUCAAGCUACUGACCACGUUUUUGGAUGAGCAUCAGGACACUUUGGUGACGCUGGCACGGGGCUUCCAAGAAGUCAUGGAGUGUUAUCCCAAAGAGUCUGUUUUCGAGUUCUUGAAUCAGCAUCUGAGGGAUAGGAUAUCGAUGAAAUUACUGGCCACUCACUACCUAUCCUUGCUUGAUCAGUCCAAGAGUGAUGUCGCAGGAAACAUGAUAGGUGUCUUACACAAAAAUUUGAAGAUCUCUGGCCUGAUACGCCAGGUUUCAGAGUACGUGAACGACAUGUGUUUUGUGAAAUAUGACCGCACCGUACCCAUAUCAAUCCUGACAGGCAGCGACAUCACUUUCCCGUGCAUACCGACUAGCUUGGAGUACGUCGUCACCGAAGUGCUGAAAAACUCCUGUCGAGCACACAUCGAGAGUAGUAAUGCAGGAAAUGCCCUCGCCGAGAAGCCCAUCGAGAUAACUAUAGUAAGGAAGGACGAUGAAUUACAAAUAAGAGUCCGCGAUUAUGGAGGCGGAAUCUCACCUGAGGUCGAAGAAAAGAUGUUUGAUUACUCCUACAGUACUGUGAGCGAGAGAGUCAAGGAUACUGGGGCCGAGGCUUACAUGCUGCCAGGUGAGGACGUAAACAACGUUUGCGGGAUGGGCUUUGGACUGCCCAUGUGUAAGGCAUAUAUUGAGAUGUUUGAUGGCAGGCUGGACAUUCAGAGUCUCCUAGGUUGGGGUACGGACGUUUACAUCAAAGUAAAAGGACCGUCAAAGGAAAUGAUGGAGGAUUGA